AUCGUUGUGUAAUCUUUUGUGGAGAAACAGAGGCCAAACGGCAACUGCACCUGUUUGAAGAAAGGUAAGUCAAAUUUUGGAUUCAUUAGAGGAGGACGAUGCUUCCGUUUACUUUACAGGAAGCUUCCUACUUAACGCUUCACCACCACAAUCUGUCUCUUUCUCAGUUUACUUUAUGUCUGUUCCUUUCUUUUGAUUCGACGUUAUUUUUUUUGUCUACAACUGUUAUGUGUUUGUUAUAUGAGAAUAUUUGAGGAAAAGUCAGCGUUUCUCGAGAAUUAUUGGAAGAAUCUAGUAGGCGCAGGGCGUAAUAGCGGAUUUCCUACCAGGCUCAACUUUUGAUGAAGUUUUUUGAUCCAGAAGGGCGAUUUAUUCUGCAAUGGAACAAAACCUUUUUACUAUGUUCUGUUAUAGCAUUGUCAUUGGAUCCAUUAUUUUUCUAUAUUCCUAUAAUCGAUGGCACAAAAAGAUGCCUUGAUGUUGACCACAAGUUGGAGAUAAUUGUAUGUGUUCUUCGUUCUUUUGCGGAUAUGUUAUUUGUAUUUCACAUUAUUAUCCAAUUUCGAACUGCAUAUGUUCCUCGUCAUAAUCACAUACUUGGAAAGAGAAUAGUUAGAGAUGAACCUCAUUAUGUGGCAACACGUUACUUUUCAUCCUACUUCAUCAUUGAUGUGCUAGCAGCCCUUCCACUUCCACAGUUGGCAAUUUUGGUAAUUAUCCCAAAUUUAGAUGGCCCUACUCCGUUUUUGACUGAAAGAAUUUUGAAGCUCGUUAUUUUCUCUCAAUAUGUCCCUCGAGUUAUUCGGAUUUCUUUAUUCUAUAAAAAGGUGACAAAAAUUUCUGGCUUCCUCACUGAAAAAGCAUGGGCUGGAGCUGCUUUUAACUUUUUCCUCUAUGUGCUAGCUAGCCAUGUAGUUGGAGCCCUGUGGUACUUGUUUGUAAUAGAAAGUGAAAUGAGAUGUUGGAAUAUUGCAUGUGAAAGGAAUAAUUGUUACUCCAAGUAUUUGUACUGUGGAGAAGGGCGUGUUGGAGAUUUUGGGUUUUUGAGCGAUUCAUGCCCUCUUCUUGAGCGAAAUGAAAUUAAAGAUUCAACAAACUUUGAUUUUGGAAUAUUUCUUGAUGCUCUUCAAACUCGUGUGCUGGAAACUAGAGACUUCCCUCAGAAAUUCUUGUAUUGUUCAUGGUGGGGCUUGCAGAGUCUAAGUUCACUUGGUCAAGGCCUUAAAGCAAGCACUUUCUAUGGGGAGAUUCUAUUUGCAGACUUCAUUGCCAUAAUUGGGCUGGUUCUAUUCGCUUUGCUUAUUGGUAACAUGCAGAAAUACUUGCAGUCUUUCUCAAACCUGACUCUAAGAGUGGAGGAGAUGAAGGAAAAAAGGCGAGAAGCAGAGGAUCUCAUGUCACAUAUUUCCCUCCCUGAAAAUUUAAGGGAACGAGUUAGAAGACACAAGCAUUACAAAUGGAAGAUAACAAAGGGUGUUGAGUUAGAUUCCUUUGUCAAAGACCUUCCUCGGGAUUUGAGGAGGGACAUAAAACGUCAUCUUUGCUUGUCUUCACUCAUGAGAGUACCUAUGUUUGAAGCAAUGGAUGAACAUAUGAUGGAUGCCAUGUGUGAUCGUUUGAAGCCAGUUCUUUACACACAAAAUAGCUACAUACUCAGAGAGGGAGAUCCAGUACCUGAGAUGCUCUUCAUCACACGUGGGACCCUACAAAGUAUUACAACUGAUGGUGGAAGGGCUGGCUUCUUCAACUCUGAUCACCUCAGGGCUGGUGACUUCUGUGGAGAAGAGCUUCUGACAUGGGCUUUGGCUCCUCCAACUCCAACACUCCCUUUCUCAACUAGAACUGUUCAAGCACUUACAGAUGUUGAAGCUUUUGCUCUAUCAGUUGAUGAUCUCAUGUUUGUGGCUUCCCAGUUUAAACGUCUCCACAGCAGACAUCUCCAGCAUACUUUUAGAUUCUACUCACAACAGUGGAGGACAUGGGCAGCAUGCUACAUACAGUCGGCAUGGCGUAGACACUGGAGAAGGAAGCUGGAAAUGGCUAAAGCAUUGGAGGAUAGUAGAAUGCAUGAUGCCUUUGUUAGGGAAACCUCCACACUCAGCCUUGGUGCCUCCAUUUAUGCUGCUAGAUUUUCCUCUAAUGCCUUGCGCGUGUUGAGGCGCAAGAAUUACACACAACUGUCAAAACCUGUUUGGCAAAUAAUGCUGCCACCCAAGCCACCACAGCCGGAUUUUGAGAAUCAUGCAACAGCAAUCGUUACCUUCAGUGGAGUAUGGAAGGAAUGAAUGUAACCUAGUUUGUAACCAUCUUCUCCAAUUUUAUACAACACAUUGUUUAUGUAAGUACAUGUAGAGUGAGUUACUUUGUUAUUUCAAUUAGCAAAUGGAGUGGGAGUUAGUUUGUAUCA